AUGAGUGCUCGGUCGCAGAGCAUCCCAGUCCUCACGAAAGUGGUGAUUGUGCUGUUCUCCAUGGUACUGUCCUCUUCAAUCUUGUCUGCAAUUUUGUACUACGCCUUUGCACCCUCGUUCCCGCCUCCGGUCUCAUACGUAAGCCUCUCCAGCCACGGCGGCGACGUGAUUCUGCUUAACAUCAGUUUCUUUGUCAGCCGUCUCCCUUACACCUUCGGUAAAUUUGUACGGGUGGCGCUUUUAGCCUGGACUAUUUGCUAUCUGGACAGUGAUCCAUUUCCCCUGAAUGAAUGCCCCAUCUACGUCGAACUGGAUUGGCGCUACCCGCUCAAGACCGGCAUCCUAUUGGGCCGAAGGAGUUGA